GAACAUGAUCUUGAACUCCUUCUAUUCAACAACGUAACGGUGACGGAUAACUUUGAAGGUCUUUGUUUUCUUUAUUGUGUCCAGAAUGCAUUGGCAUCAGUUUAAUUCCAUCGCAGCACAUGUGAUCAUACAAAUUACAGUUUAUUUGAUGGCAACAAUCUUUUUGGCAACUUGUGCACCUCUAGAAUCAGGCGAAUCAGUUAAGCUCACGAGAAGUUCACGUGACGUUGCCCUUGGAUGUCUAUUUCCGGGAAUAGGGAUAUGCGGGCCUAGCCAGAAUACUGGUUACGGUGGUUACAAUGGAGGCUACCCUUCUCCUCAACCUGUUAUUGCUAUUCAAUCGAACCCCGAUGGCUAUGGACCGUGGCAAACGGGAGCUACUUUAGUCGGUAUAAUUGACACUAUUACGUAUCCUCUAGCGAGCGGCUAUAGUUCAAUUAUAGGCUAAAAGUUACAUUUCGACGGUGAAACUGAACAAAAUGCGUAUUUCCGUGGCGGAGUUUUGAAAUCUCCGCUACUUUUUAUUUCCUAAAGGGAAACUGAACCAACAUCAUAGCUUGAAGUUUUCACAGAAUAUUCUCUUUAAAGAGAAGGAAAAUCACUAACAUUUUUAAAAAAUGGCAUCCAGUAGUUUUCCAUGUAGAAAAUAAAGUAUGGAGCGAAGUCUGCAUUGCCGAAAUCCGAGAUACUCACGCAUUUGUGCAGUUUCGCCCUCGAUAUAUGGAAACCCUUGAAUAUUCUCAAUACUGUUUUUAAAUUUUUUCCUAUGGGAAGCUCAUAAUAAUGUAAGUAAAUCAUGCCUUUGUAUAUUCAUCGAAUAAUUUUACCUUCUACAUUUUACGUGUUUAAAA